AUGCAUCUCUUAGCAUGUCUGGGCGUUGUGCUUAGCUUUUUGGAAGGAGUGAGCUGUUCGUGCCCUUCACGGUGCACCUGCGAUUAUCACGGCAGAAACGACGGCACGGGCUCAAGGUCGGUGCUAUGUAAUGACCUGGACAUGAACGAGUUCCCUACGCACUUCCCCGUGGACACCGUGAGGCUCCGCAUAGAGAAGACCGUCAUUCGCAGCAUCCCGGCCGAGGCCUUCUACUACCUGCUGGAGCUCCGGUACCUCUGGGUGACCUACAAUUCGGUCACCAGCCUUGAGGCCAGCAGCUUUUACAACCUGAGGCAGCUGCAUGAGUUGCGCUUGGAUGGGAACUCCCUGGCUGCCUUCCCUUGGGCAUCUCUGCUGGACAUGCCCCAUCUAAGGACCCUGGACUUGCACAAUAACAGAAUCACCAGUGUGCCAAGCGAGGCAGUCAGGUACCUGAAGAGCCUCGCCUACUUGGAUUUAUCAAGCAACAGACUGAGCACACUGCCGCCAGAAUUCCUGGAGAGCUGGGCCCACGCACUUCCACCAUCGUCCAGAAGCCCGAACCUUCCUCUGAGGAGGAUUAUCCUUGGUCUGCAGGACAACCCGUGGUUCUGCGACUGUCACAUUUCCAAAAUGAUCGAGGUGUCCAAAGUUGAUGACCCUGCCAUAGUACUUCUUGAUCCACUGAUGGUCUGCAGUGAGCCUGAGCACCUGACGGGGAUUUUAUUUCAGCGGGCUGAGUUGGAUCAGUGUCUGAAGCCAUCGGUGAUGACCUCGGCCACCCAAAUCACGUCUGCUCUGGGGAGUAAUGUCCUGCUGCGGUGUGAUGCCACUGGCUACCCCACCCCACAACUCACAUGGACCAGAUCUGACAGCUCACCGGUUAAUUAUACAGUAAUUCAGGAAUCUCCAAGGGAAGGAGUCAGAUGGUCCAUAAUAAGCCUGACAGGCAUUUCGUACAAGGAUGCUGGGGAUUACAAAUGUAAGGCCAAAAAUUUGGCUGGGAUGUCAGAAGCCGUGGUUACUGUGACAGUGGUUGGUGUUGUCACAACCACGGUAGCAUCAGGCACCUCUGAAAGAAGAGCCAGAGAUCACCCUGAGCGAGCGGUCCAGCCAGGAUCUAGAAGGUCGCCAUCCAUACGCGGGUCAUCGUCACCUCCCUGGCUUCCCUCCUCCUCUUCUUUCUCUGCCUCUUCUUCCACUUUUCUUUCUAUUUCUGCUUCCUCUCCUCCUUCUGCUGUUUCCUUCUCCUCACAUCCUUUCUUCUUCUCCACUGUUUCUUCAACCACAGCUCUAAGCCCUAAAAUUUCAACAAGCACCACCACGGCCAGCCGGCAGCCACUCCAGCUCCAUCCAGAUGGGAAAAGAAAUUUAAAGGAGGUGGAGAUGGGGGGAAGUAAGCUUCCCCCAGCUGGUGCAAGUAAAAAAGAGGAGCUGGCACUAUUGGAUCGAACAGCGCCUAUGGAGACGAACACCACAAUAGAAAAUCUCAGGGCGGUCAGUGAGACCAAAGAGAGUGUGACCUUGAGGUGGGACACCGUCAACCCCUCGCAUGACUCUGAGGUGACCGUGUUGUAUUCCAAGCGCGGCGAAAAGGACCUGCUGCUGCUGAACGCGGACUCCAGCAAGAACCAAGUAACCAUAGAUGGCUUGGAGCCUGGGAGGCAAUACAUAGCAUGUGUCCGUCCCAAAGGAGUGCCUCCCCAGGAAGACCAGUGCGUCACCUUUUCUACCGACAGAGCUGAAGAAGGCCCUUCUCAAGAGCCCUUGCUGAUUGUGGUGAGCGGCACUGCCUGCGUUGUUUCCUUGCCACUGAUUUUUUUCCUGUUGUACAAAGUUUGCAAGCUGCAAUGGAAGUCAGAAUCCUUCUGGGAAGGUGAUUUGGCAGAAGAGACUUAUAUCCAAUUUGAAACCCUGUCCCCAAGGUCUCAAAGUAUAGGGGACCUUUGGACCGGAAGGCACAGUGAUGAUUCAGAAAAAUUGCUGCUUUGUUCUGGGUCACGUGUGGAGUCUCAGGUGACUUUUAGAAGUGAGGGCUCUGGACCAGAGUAUUACAGCUAA